AUGGCCGACUCAAGCUUAGAAGGCCCCGGUGCAGCCUUCGAUUUCCAACUUUACCGAUAUACGCCUUCAUUGCCCGCCGCAAUUGCGAGCGUAGUCGUCUUUGCCAUCCUCACUCUGCUGCAUUUCUGGCGACUUUUCCGAUACAGAGCGUUUUAUUUCACUGCCUUCACCAUAGGUGGCAUCUUCCAGACAAUUGGAUAUUGCGGUCGUAUUUGGAGCCACUUCGACAAAUUCUCCAUUGGCGGCUUUGUCAUCCAGGCAAUUCUGAUUCUCGUCGCACCUGCGCUCUACGCGGCUUCAAUCUACAUGAUCCUCGGACGCCUGAUCCGCACCGUCAAAGGCGAGCACCUAUCACUUGUCCCUGUCGCCUGGGUCACUCGAAUCUUCGUCACGGGAGACGUAGUUGCUUUCACUCUCCAAGCGGGAGGUGGCGGUGUUCAAGCAGCAGGGACGCUGGAGCUCUACGAGGCGGGCGAGAAGAUCAUCAUUGCCGGUCUCUUCGUGCAGAUCGUCGUAUUUGGCUUCUUCGUGUUGACCUCAAUGCUCUUUCACAUUCGGCUACGCAACAGUCCUACGGAAACGUCUUUGCAAGGAACAACUCCGUGGAGGCGUUAUCUCUACGUCCUCUACGUCACAAGCGCCAUCAUCCUUAUCCGCAGUAUUUUCAGAGUUGUCGAGUAUUUGCAAGGAAACGGCGGGUACCUCAUCUCUCAUGAGAUUUUCUUGUACAUCUUCGACACUCUUCUCAUGGCCAUUGUGAUGGCAAUCUUCCUUAUUUGGUAUGUUCAGGAGUUGGAACCCAAGAAGGGCGAUGUGUCGACGGAGGAGGAGCAGUAUGUUUCUGGUUCGAGCGACUACAUGCUUGAGGAGAGACGCCAAAAGUAA